GUCGAUUCGCCGAAAACCCCCCAUUUUCGUAAUCUCUCACUUUGCUUCUUCUUCUCUCUCAUGGCGGAUCCGAUGGAUAAACUCGACGAGAAUCCACCGACCCAAGAACCCGACCCGAAAGAGGUGGAAGAAGAGGAGGACGAAGAAGAAGAGGAACUGAACGGCGACGAAGAAGAUGAAGAAGAGGUGGGAGAAGACGAUGACGAGUCCACGCUUCCGAGACCUGGGACGCGAGAGGGCCGAUCAAGUGAGGAGAGGAUCAAGGCGCAGUCACUGUUUCGCCGCAUGCGAGCCGCUCCGGUGCCAGUGCGAGUCCACGACGUGGUCGUCCGUGGGAACGGCAAGACCAAGGACCACGUGAUCGAGGCGGAGGUUGAGGUCGUGAGGCACGCAACGACAUUGCAGGAGCUUCUAGAGGCCUCUAGGGUUGCCAACUUCAAUCUUCAGGCACUCGAGAUUUUCGAUUCGGUCAACAUUACGCUCGAUUCUGGUCCUCCUGAACUCCCUGGUACAACCAAUGUCGUGAUCGAUGUUGUGGAAAGCAAAAACCCUCUCUCGGGGCAAAUCGGUGCAUACACUAAAGCAGAGGCUAGAUCCGCAAGUGUUGAAGCAUCAUUGAAGUACAAGAACGUAUUCGGGUACGGCGAUAUAUGGGAUGGGUCUUUAGUUUAUGGCUGUGACAAUUCCGCUGAGGUUAGCUUCGGGCUGUUCUUGCCGAGGUUCAAAGGAUACUCAACUCCAUUUACUUCCCGUCUUUACCUUUUGACCCAAGAUUGGUUGAAGUUUUCGUCUUAUAAAGAACGAUCUCUCGGCCUUUCUCUCGGGCUCCUCUCGAGCAAAUAUCAUGACUUGGUCUACACAGUUGCAUGGCGUAACUUAAUAGACCCAUCCCAGAUGGCGUCGAAAUCAGUACGGAGGCAGCUAGGGCAUAAUUUGCUUUCUACUUUGAAGUAUACCUUCAAAUAUGACCAGAGAAACUCGUUCCUAAGGCCAACGAGAGGAUAUGCUUUCGUCUUUUCAUCUCAGAUUGGUGGUCUUGCUCCGGAUAGUCGUACCCUUCGGUUCUUGCGCCAGGAAAUCGAUCUUCGGUAUGCAAUUCCCCUCGGGUUUUACCGUGCUGCUCUAAACUUUGGUGUGUCGGGGGGUAUCACCUUCCCGUGGGGAAACGGGUACCAGAAAAAGCCUUCGUCCCUGCCAGAGAGGUACUUCUUGGGUGGGAAUUCAUCCCCUGUCUGUUCUUUGGGAGGACCAUCUUCAUUAUGGGGAUUCAGAACUAGGGGAUUGGGUCCUAACGAGCCGAGAAGGGAACUACGAGAUGAAAGAGACGGUGACUCGUCUGAACGGGAUUUCGUAGGGGGAGAUCUUGCGGUUACUGCAUUUGCAGAUUUCUCUUUCGAUUUCCCGUUGAGGUGGUUCAGAGACAGGGGAAUCCACGGGCAUGUUUUUGCGUGUGCCGGGAAUCUGGCAAUGUUGUCAGGGAAUGAGUUCAGGAACUUAACUGCUCCAAAGUUUCUGGAGACAUGUAGAACCUCAGUAGGUGUCGGAAUUGUCCUGCCCACUAACCUCUUCCGUAUGGAGCUUAACUACUGCCGCAUACUGCGGAAACAAGAACACGAUCGGGCAAAAUCCGGGUUCGUCCUGAACUUCUCUGCUCCGUCCUGAGAGAUAUUCAACUCAGAUUUCCUUUCUCUGUUAGCCUCUCUUGAUUUCUCAAUCAACCCAUUGUGAUUGGAUUUGGUUGGUUCUCAUCCAAAAAGUUUGAUGAUUUUUCAGAGUCACUCUUGGAAUUCAUUCUUUCCGUUGAAACUGUUGUCAUAUUUUAGAAAGAGUGAUUUUGUUCUGUGGGGGAAAAUAAACUUACAAGGGCUUCAAGAGGGCAAAAAAGUUUUUUUUUUUUUUAA